AUGGAUGGACGCCAUCAGACGACACGUAGGACCGGAUGCAAAAGGCACAAUAUUGAAAGGCCUGGCGGAAACUGGAGGAGGCCUAUGUCCAGGAGUUUCGGCGCGAAGUGCUCCAAGUGCUGCCGCGGCAUCUCGUCGUCGGACUGGGUGCGCAAGGCACGGGAGCAGGUCUACCACCUCGCCUGCUUCGCUUGCGACGCCUGCGGCCGCCAGCUCUCCACCGGCGAGCAGUUCGCACUGCACGAGGACAGAGUGCUCUGCAAGCCUCACUACUUGGAGACACUCGACGGUGGCUCCAUUUCUUCUGAUGACGGCUGCGACUCGGAGGGCUACCACAAGAGCAAGGCGAAACGUGUGCGCACUACCUUCACUGAGGAGCAGCUGCAGGUUCUGCAGGCGAACUUCCAGCUCGACUCCAACCCUGACGGACAGGAUUUGGAGCGGAUCGCGCAAGUGACGGGGCUCAGCAAGCGGGUGACGCAAGUCUGGUUCCAGAACAGCCGCGCCAGGCAGAAGAAGCACCAGCACACCGGGAAGGGCAAGCAAAGCCAAUUGGUGUCCCGUGACGCAGACCCGGCGGGGUUUGGCCGCCCCAUCAACCUGCACCUCACCUACUCGUUCCAGAACAAGCCACCUUUUGUGCCGAUAGAUGGAACGUCUUUCACGGAUUCUUCAAUGGAUGAGCUGUCGGAGGACUCCUCCAUCCACUGCAUGCAGAGUGAGGUGUGAGCUGCUGAGGACCAGUGCACAACUGUCCGUGUCCUGCGAUACUGUUUGCAACAUAUUCCUCUAACUGCAUCAGGGUCGGAUGUACUACGAUUGUGAGGUCUCCCUGUCUGUAUGUAUGUUGUAUAUCCGCAUACAGUACAUUGCCGGGUUGUACAACUACGGCAAUCAGAGCCUUGUAACAAUAUUCUUAUGACAACGACAUUAUUCUGUCUCAUACUUGCAAUAACUAUAGCAGCACGCUUUAUACAUAUUCUAAAUCCUUACUUAAUCAUAAUUUAUACAUCUAAAUGUGGACGUUUGAUAUUUAUUGUAAAAAGUUGUAUUUAUUUAUUUAUUUCCAGUAACUGUGAUACGUUCUCUAUCGUAACUGUUUUCGAUUAGUUUACAAUUAUACAUUUCAUAGUAUUGUACUAAAUCUAACUGAACUAAGAUUAUCUCUGCAAUUUUAUAAAUCUCUAGAGUUUAGUGCCAAAUCAUAGUAAUAAGAGGUAGCCACUAUAACGUGAAGAAAAAGCAAUAGUAGUUGAGAGAGUACUUCUAGAAUAUAUUCAUAUUGACAUUCCUGUGCGAUCAGAGUAUAGUCUGUAGAACUAGGUGUAAGAGAGAAGCAGCGCGACUCGCGACCAGCCCAGCGCGGCCCGCAGGCCCAGCCUCCGCCGGGCGCUGCCGGGUGCCGCUGGGUGGAGUCCGUCAGGAACAUGCCGAUUUCCCGUGAUAUUUACAAAAGCAAUUUCACUACAUAUCAACAUAAGAUUUUAUUAUUCGGACUCCACUUUAAGCCACAGUGCCGGUAUGCCGCGGCGCCGCUGUCCGUGUACAAGUAGUUACUGCUAGACUGUCGAUACUAAGUUGAUACGCACACCAUCAAUGUGAUUUUAUCAAACAUUUCUCACUUCAAACUCUAUUCGUAGGUCAAUACGACAUGUUUUAAUAUCCACGUAAUGUGUAGUGUACGCAGCUCACCGCAAUAAUUUAUUGUCACUCAU